CUGUGAAAAUGUCGACAUUACUCAUUAAAACUCAUUUCCUUGUCUUUGGUGAUUUAAAAGCUGAAAACACUCAGAAAAAUAUUAAAAGUUAAAUACACAUGUUUGGAUUGAAUUACACAUGAAUUAAGAGAGAAAACUUCAAUUAGUUGAGUGUUAAAGUGGUAGCCCCGCUCAGCUCGCCUCAUUGUUAGCCGCUCACCGCACCGCCAGUCCGCCACCUGGUACUGGUAGUGGUGUAAACAGUAAACAGUACGGUGCCCUGCUGGUGUCCACCUCCACGCUCCACCCUUCACCUGUCCCUUCCUCAACAAGUGUGGACAAGACGAGUAGCAGUGGUGUAGCCUGUGAUUGCCGCGCAGGAAGUGGUAAGGUGUGAGUCAGCAGCAGCGGGCCAGCGGCACGUCAGCCUAGGACAUCAUCGCAGCCCUCCACAGGCGAAGCACCAACACUCACUCACCGAGGAGUCUCACGGGAACACUGCCACUGCCAACCAGACCAGCCCAGCCAGCGUCCAGUCUGUUGCUGCCCACCACCUCUGCCACCCACUGACGGCUGCCUGGCUAUCUGCCCUCCCCAAGGCUCUCUGCAGGACUGGCCGCAGUGUAUGCUGGUGACAGUCAUAAGGGAGUGGUGGAGUUCGUGAGGCCGGACAGCAGCAUGGGUGGCCAGUGGCAGUGGCAGCAGAAGCAACAGCAGUCAGCCUCAGGUAUGGGGAGGCACACGCAUGGUGGCAAGGAUCACCAGCAGACAGGCAGCUCUGGCCACACAGGACAGAGCAGGUUUGAGUGCCAGCAGUGUGACAAAACUUUUACCACUAAACGAGGCCUCACCACACACACCCUGAUACACAGUGGUGUUAGGAAUUAUGAGUGUGGUGAGUGUGGGAAGAAAUUUACUCUAAAGGGUCACCUCACCACACACAGCCUGACACACAGUGGUGUUAGGAAUUAUGAGUGUGGUGAGUGCGGGAAGAAAUUUAGCCUAAAAUGUAACCUCACCAGACAUAGGCUGACACACAGUGGUGUUAAGAAUUAUGAGUGUGGUGAGUGUGGGAAGAAAUUUAGCCUAAAAUGUAACCUCACCACACAUAGGCUGACACACAGUGGUGUUAAGAAUUAUGAGUGUGGUGAGUGUGGGAAGAAAUUUACCAAAAAGGGUAGCCUCACCACACACAGCCUGACACACAGUGGUGUUAGGAAUUAUGAGUGUGGUGAGUGUGGAAAGAAAUUUACCCACAAGUUUCACCUCACCACACACAUCCUGACUCACAGUGGUGUUAGGAAUUAUGAGUGUGGUGAGUGUGGGAAGAAAUUUACCCAAAAGUCUUCCCUCACCAUACACAGCCAUAGACACAGUGGUGUUAGGAAUUAUGAUUGUGGUGAGUGUGGGAAGAAAUUUACUGACAAGUCUACCCUCACCAGACACAGCCUGACACACAGUGGUGUUAAGAAUUUUGAGUGUGGUGAGUGUGGCAAGAAAUUUUCCCAAAAUUCUAACCUCUCUACACACCUCCUGACACACAGUAGUGUUAGAAAUUAUGAGUGUGGUGAGUGUGGGAAGAAAUUUACCCACAUUUCUAGUCUCACCAAGCACAGCCUGACACACAGUGGUGUUAGGAAUUAUGAAUGUGAUGAAUGUGGCAAAAGGUUUCCUACCAUUGCUCGUCUUAAUCAACACGCCUUCAGACACACUGGGUUGAGGGAGUUCAAGUGUGAUGACUGUGGCAAGUGUUUCAAGACAAAGCGUGAUAUUGCCAGACACGUGAAGGUCCACUUUUGAGGUGGUGUGUUGUGUGGGUGGGUGGGGCAACAGCCAUGCCUGUGGUGGCAGCUGUGUCUGUGUGUGCUGUGAGGGAGUAAUGAGACCAGCAGUUGUUUUGUGUAAGGGAGUGACGGCCGCAGCAGUUGUUUUGUUGGUGGCGCAGGUGUGCCUUUCAAUAAAUGUGUGUGUGUAACAUGGUG